AUGUCCAGGUCCGGCCGGGCCGUUGUUGGCUUAGGCGUGGACAGACUGUUUGGAACCAUUUUGUUUAAGAAACCAGUGAUACCGUCAAUUUCUCGUUUAAUCGGCGUGCUGGAGAUCCCGUCAACCACAGCGGUCUCGGGCUCCGGAAUGCGCUCCACAAGCUUGAUCACCUGGUUGCCAACCAGUGUUAGCAGGAAGACUGCCCAAAGAGCCGCCUUCUUUCCCAGCUGGUACAGGAUCAGGAGCAAACAUUUCAGAAAGUCAAGGAAAUCGGCCUCUGGCGUGGCGGGGGCAGCUUUUGUGGUGAGGGUGAGUUUCUGGGGGUCGACUGUUUUGGUACCCAGCUUCGAUAUGCCCGAGCUGCCGCGCGAAGAAGGCUUAAAGUUGUCGUUCAACAUGGCUUCUCUGGGGACAAACGGCACGUUCCCCACGUUGGAGUUCGUGGAAGGCUGUCGAUUGUCGUACAACGAGCUCACGUUCCGGAAACUCGGCAGAUUGUUGUACGUGAAAGACGGAGCAGACGAGGGAAGACGCGAAAACAAAGAGAAGUCUCUGCUCGACGCAAAGAAAUUCUUGUCGUCACUGGCACUUCGCUGUCCUCGCGUCUUGAGAUUGAUGUUGUUCAGGUCAGACAUGUCUCUAGUGAUUAAUUUCUGUAUAGUGCCGGGGAACGUUGGUUUAUAA